AUGAAUUGGGCCACUUGGAGUAUAAGAGGGUUGAACUCUCUCCUCAAACUAGUAGAGGUCAAGAAUCUCAUUAGAGAAUCUAAAUUGAGUCACAGCCUUGAGAAUGCUGUAACAGUUCAUAGCUUCAUAACCCCCAAUUGGAAUUUUGCUUGUAAUUACUCAAAUUCUAUCUUGGGUAGAGUAUGGUUGCUCUGGAAUCCAGCAAAGAUUUAUGUUUCACUUGCUAGUAUGACAAGUCAGGUUAUCAACUGCUUAAUCUUCCUCAUUUAUUUAAAGGUGGCAUGUUUGGCAUCCUUUUUCUAUGCAGCAAACAUAGUAAUGGAGAAGAAAAGUUUGUGGAGGAGUAUUAACAGUCACAGACAGCUUAAUGUACCUUGGAUUUUAUUAGGGGAUUUCAAUGUUCUACUGCAUGUUAAUGAAUCUUUUAGGGGUGCCUUGAGAUGGACUACUGGUAUGGAGGAAUUUAAGGCUUGUUUAAACAAGAAUGAACUUGAAGACCAGAGAUUUAAUGGCAUUUUCCACUCCUGGUCUAACAAAAGUUUUGGAUGUGCAAAUAUAUCAAGGAAACUUGAUAGAAUACUAGUAAAUCAUGCAUGGAUUUCUAAAUUUCCACAUUCAGAAUGUUGCUUCAAACUUUGGGGUGUCUCUGAUCAUGCUCCAAUGGUAGUUUAUCUUGGUGAGAUCGACUCAAAAAAGAAUUUGCCUUCUAGAUUCUUCAACUUUUGGGCAUUGCACACGGACUUUUUGUCAAUUGUUGCUCAGGGAUGGCAACUUGAAGUUAAUGGUACAAGAAUGUUCAGAGUAGUGCAAAAGUUAAGAGCACUCAAGAGACCCCUAAACCAACUGAAUAAAAAGGACUUCUGUGAUAUUUUAGCAAAAGUGAAGGCAUGUAAAAAUGACUUAUUCUUAUGUCAAUCUACCCUUGACCAGAACCCCAUUGACGACCACUUGAGAACCAGAGAGAAGCUGUUAGCUAAGAAGUUUUCUGAAAUGUGCUUAGCUAAGGAACUGUUCUUCAAGCAAAAGGCACAAAUUCAUUGGCUUAAAGAAGGGGACCAGAACACUGCAUUCUUCAUGAGAAAUUUCAGUUCCAAGUGCAACAGAAGGAAUGUGGAAUCUAUUACCAACAGUGUGGGUGCUCAGCUUCAUGUGAAGACCUGCAGAGGGAAUUCAUUAACCACUUUCAGAGUACAAUUGAUCAAUCCUAUCAGCACUAUAUAG